AAGGUCGGGCAUACGCGGCCGCUGGUCGCGGGCGGUGCGCGGCAGUAUUCCGGCAGCUGAGGGCGGUGGCUGCCAUGGGAAUGGGGCCGUCGUCCUCCUCGCGGAGGGCACUGCGGCCCGGUCGGUCAGGAUCGAAUCUGAUUGGAGUGGGACCGGACCGGCUCGGCUCAAGCCCCCGUCGUUUUUAGCAAGUGGAAUCGCUUGCAGUGCCUGCGAUGAUAAUGAAAGGACCCUAAAUUCUCGUGGACCAGCCCCCUGUCCGAGGUUUGGGACAGGAUACACGAUCGACAUGGGGACGCUUAAGAGAGGAAGGAAAGAAGGGAGCAGCGUUUCAAGACUGGUUUUCGCUAGAGGUUUCAUUCUCUUGCAUUUCCUUUCAGAAGAAAGAGAAGGGAAAGUAAAGAAAGAAGCCCUCUUUGAGAUCUUCCUGCAGGAUAAACGCCAAGAAAAGGAAAGAGAGGAGCCCUCCUCGAGAUCUCAACAGCUGUAGAUCAAUAUUUGCCUACUAUUGGACCGGCACUUCUAUUAUCCAUGGAAUACAUGGACCUUGGUAAAUGGGUAGUGGCUAUUGAGGGUGGUGCACAUAUUGGUCUCCAUCUUAUACUUGUGCUGUUUUUUUUCAAUUGCUCUGGUAUUUUGUGCCGGUAUCUUGCAAACCUUAUUGGCAUAGUCACAAGAAAGAAUCUUGCUCAGAUCUGCAAUGAGGAGUACUGCAGGUUGGCAUGUGUCCUUCUGGGAGUACAAGCCCAGAUAUCAAUGAUUGUUUCUGACCUGACAAUGAUUCUGAGCUUUGCACAUGGAUUCAGUUUAUUUUUUGGGGCGAACCACUUCAUUUCCAUCUAUUUCUCUGCUUUCGUUGCUGUUCUAAUUCCAUAUUUUUUUCACCCUCUUGGGCUCUUGCAAAUUAAAGGUGUUCUAUAGCAUAUCAAGCUUCGUAUCAUUCUUUUAUCUGCUUGGAGUGCUCUCCAGUCUACCAAAUAUUCCAUCUGUAGCUCAUGAUAGGUAUCCAGGGUUUGAUUUGCAGACAGCUUGCUCAGUCAUGGUUCUUCUUGGCUCAAAUAUCAUGCCUCACAAUUUUUACAUUCACUCUUCUAUUGUACAGCAGCAGAGACCAACAAAUGCCAGUGCGACAUCUUUAAUUCAUGAUAAACUUUUUGCUAUAAUAUUUAAUUUUUCUGCUAUUUUCCUGAUGAAUUAUGUAUUUAUGAGCUCGGCAGCAGCUGUAUUUGACAAUGCGUGCCUCAUAAUGCCAACAUUUCAAGAUGCUUUGAUGUUGAUGGACCAGAUUUUUAAUAGUCCUGCAGCACCCUUUUCCUUUUCUCUGGUUUUUCUUAUUGCAAUUGUAAUCACCUCUUGCACUCGGAGUCUUGGUGCGCAAGUCGUCUUGCAUGACUUCUUUCAGAUUGACCCACCUAUUUGGGUUCAUCACAUUGUAAUGAAAUCUCUUGCUGUCAUUCCGGCUCUAUACUGCCUCCAGAGUGUAGGACCAGAGGGGAUCUAUCAGUUGCUUCUGCUCUGUCAAGUUAUAUUGGCGACCCUUGUGCCACCUUUGGUGAUUCCCCUUUUCCGAGUAUCAUCAUCCAGAUCAAUCAUGGGUUCCUUCAAGACCUCACAGCAUACAGAUAUCUUUGCUUUUUGUGCCUUUCUGGUAUUCCUUGCAGCAAAUACCAUCUUCGUCUUUGAGUUGCUAUUUGGAAAUAGCUUCAGGACAGUUGAGCUUAGAGAAAGCAUGGGAAGAGGUGUGAGAAUUGUCCUCCUCCUCCUUGCCUUCACAUCCUUUAUCUUUGCACUUUAUAUGGUAGUCACACCACCAAAGUCUGAAAGCAACAGACUAGAUGAAGAAAAGAACGAAGGACCAGAUAUGCAGAUAUUUACAUGGGGCAUGAAAAUAGAUCAACUUGAGCUAACUGAGGGUAGAGAAGAGAACUCUUCAAGUCAGACUACUGUUGGUGAAGAAAAGGCAUGCAUAAAAGAGAUAACCUCCAUGGAGUUAUUGGAGAAUCAAUCCAAUAAUCUGCUUGCAGAAUUCAGUCUUGAUCAGCCUACGACAACCAUUCAUUCUGAAUGCGAAGCCCAGAAACCUGCUUCUGUUCUGGUUCUGAAUAAGGAUUGUAUUAAUCAAUCCUUUCAUUUAGAAGAAUUUAAUUCCAUGGUUAACAUGGUUUCUACUGAUGAGGUGAUAAGUAAAGGUAUUGGACAGAACUAUGAAACUGAAGACUCCAGAGAAGAAAAUGUGGAAGUAGGAGUGGGAGUCCACCAUCAGAAGGAUGGUGAGAAGGACAGUGCUUGUAAGCCUGUCAAGUCUUUGAGUGCCUCGACCUCUGAUGUAGCUGGGCUUUGUAAGAAUGCCAGAGUGAAGGGUGGCAAUAUUAGAAAUGACGACAAGAAGGCAGCAUUGUGUGGAUUGGGUCGUGCAGGACGGCGCCAAUUAGCUGCCAUUCUCAAUGAAUUUUGGGCGCAUCUGUUUGACUUACAUGGUCUGCUAACAGAAGAAGCAAAGGUCAUGAGAAUGGAUCUUUUACUGAAUUUGGAUCUACAAAUGUACUGUGCAUCUGCAAGAGCAGAUGCCAAAGAUGAAACUUCCCAGAAAAGCUCAUCAGACACAGAAAGUGGACCACUACCUUCAGCAAGCUUGAGGAACUAUGCUUUAGUGCAAGAGAAGGCUAUGAAUUUGGAAUUAUCUUAUGUGCCACUAGCACAAACUUCAUUUUGGUCGAUGGACGCUCAGUUUCUGGAUGUGAAUGGCCAAUGUGAUGGCCAGGAUUUUCACAUGCCCAAGAUUCAUAACUUCGAGAUUCUGCAAUUUGGCACAUGGUUACUGACUCCUAAUUUUGCUAAAUCUUCUGUUACAGAAUAUAGGGAUGAACUCAAGGAUUCUUCGAUCCAGAAUGCAUCUGGUUCUUUAUGUAAAACUAGUUUACAAAACCCUGCAUCAACCGGAUCAAUCUGUUCACAGUUUAAAAGGCCUCAAUGUGGAACUUCCUCAGUUGAAUCCACUCUGUUCUUGGGCUUGACAAAGGAAAAUAGUAGCUCUCCUGAUAUUUCAGAGCUCACAGAUUCCUUUGGAUCUUCGUCUCUCAAUAUUUCUGGCUCCUUUUCAUCUGCGAGUGGAAAUGCACGUGAACAAACCCAAAAUCCAAAUAAUCUGAUAUCUUCAGCUGAAGAGGCUCCAUCAGCACUCGACAAGCUUUCUGUGUCAAAGCACCAUAAAAGUUUCCUAUAUCAAGUAGUUAGCCCUAUUCUGGACUCAGAACCUUUCUGGGUAAAACAACCAUUAGAAAAUAUGUUCAGUUCAACAAUCAAAGCUAGUAAGGUAAGGAAGAGGAAGACAGUAAUGAAUAUCCCUUUUACUUCAAAAAUAAUCAUGUCUUAUGGAGAAUCAGAAGCUUGGCUUCUCCAGUCUCUAAGAGUUUGUCUUGGAAAGCUCUUAGACUUGGAAGGUUCAAGUUGGUUAUUUACUCAGAAUGGUGGGUAUGAUGAGAGGUUAAUAGGCUGGGUAGCCGCAUCAGAGGGUUAUCUACAGAAAGAGGAGACUAGGUUGUUGAAUCAGCUAAAGUGCAGUGAGGAAGAAGAUAUGAAUGAUGUUAUCUCCUUUGUGCCUAACUGUGGAGACCACUGCACUUGGCAAUCUGGCCUGGUUAUAAGCUUUGGUGUAUGGUGCAUUUGCCGGAUCUUAGAACUGUUGCUUGUGGAAAGUCGACCAGAGUUAUGGGGCAAAUACACCUAUGUCCUCAACCGUCUUCAGGGGAUACUUGAUCCAGCAUUCUUGAAUCCCCGUGAUCCUCUCAACCCGUGCCAGUGUAUCGACCACCUUGAAAUGCGCACCAGUGGGUUUGAGCAGACUAAGGAAAGCCUUGUCGGAACCCCGUGCACUACUGCAAGCUCAGUGUUAUGGAUGAUCAAGGAGGUUGAAGGUGCAAUUUCGGGGCGCAAGGGUCGGUCUGGAACAGCAGCUGGGGACAUUGCCUUUCCGAGAGGGAAGGAAAACUUAGCUCCUGUUCUAAAGCGCUACAAGCGUCGCCUGUCAAAGAAGUCAUACGUUACUAAUGGAGGAACGUCUGCACCAUCCGGCAAGAUAAUGGUGUUCAAGCAACAUGCUUCGAAGACAACAGAUGGAAAAAAUUCGUCAAAUCAGGAGGAGGAAAAGAAAAAAAAGGGGCUGUAACUCCAACUCGGCCAGAUUACAAUUUGAGGUGAUCUGCAAAGUAUUGUAGGCUGAAGCUGGGAUGGUCAUUCUGAUGCUCGUGCAGGAAAGGAUAGGGGCGUUCGGAAAGUGAUGGGAUUCGUUGUGGUGAUAUCGGUGCCGUUCCUUAUCCUGAUCGCUAUCCUGGCCCUUGCUUGCUACCUUCUCUGUAGGUCCAGGGGCCGGGCCGGGUGGGGGGCCCCACAGUACUAUGGGCCGCCGGCCCCACCCGUCACAGCCCAACCUCCACCUGCGCCGGCCCAGCAAAAGUAAGGGGCCCACACAGAUAUCAAAUGCAACUACUCACAGCUUGUGUUGCCAAGAACGCGAUUAUCCUUGGGUUGCUUGUGGUUGUAUCUAUAGCAUAUGAUGUUGGUGGGUUUGGUAUAUUUUUUACUUCUUUGUUAAGCAGGGAUUUUUUAAACGAUAAUAUUAUGUUUGUUUUAUUAUUAUUCAGGUGAUUAAUUCG